AUGCACCACAGAAGCUGAGUCCAAACAUUGAACAACUCUUGAGGGCGCUUCAUUUUCUCAAUUCCGCGACUGACUGCAAGUGCAAGUGCAACUGCAAGACAUGCAAGAGGCAGGAGGCAAUUGCGAACGUGGGAAAAUUGAAUCGGAUACCGUUUUUGUACUGUAUCUAUGUAUUGUCAGAUUCUGUGUCCGUAUCACACUCUCCGUACAAACACCUGGUGAACAUGUUCAAGUUGACGUUGUACGUUGGAUCAGAUUCUGGACUCCUCAUACUCUAUUUGUGACCCCAUCAUCUUAGCUUCAGUCAAGACUUCUAAGAAAGCAUACUGGAAUGGUUUCCGCCAUCUGAUUGAAACAAUUAAAGGUCAACCAUGCACCCACCACAUGGAUUUUCUGCAGUCUUUUCUCAGCGUCUCUUGCUGCUGCAUGGCCACAGCCCAUCAUCAAUUUACUUACUGUUCAGGAGAUACAGUUGGUAUGGUUUCUACAUUUCAGAUUGUCCCAGGAUUUGUUCCUGUCUGAGGAGCAACGAUUUGAUUUCACUGAGAACAUUUCAAAAUUAUGGAAGUGAGCGAACACUGCCCUACAUGCCAUCCGUAGUGGCCUCCCACCACAGGCCUAAGUCAUGUGAGUUAGUAGCUAGACUCAGUCACUAUUCGCAAUCCACACCGUUGGCCACUUUGGGAUCAUCGUCGGUGCUUCGAAGCUGCAAAAACUUGACCAACAAACUCCAUACAACCUCCAGGCCUCACACUGUCCAUGACGAGAGCAAGAAAAGUACUGCCCCUCAUGAUACGGUGCUACAUCGCAUGCAGCGAUUAGAGGACUCUCUUCGUUACCAUGGAUACUCAACCAUCCGAAUUGGAUUGGCCCUCGUUAUCUUCAUAGGACUUGCCAUCUACAUCUUCCGUGAGGCGAUCCGUGAACACGCGGCCGAGGAGGUGUCCCAGGUUGCAACGCGUUCCCUGGAGGACCGACUGGUGGCCGAUAAGGCUGAGGAGUUUGCCAAGGGUCUGCUGAAUGCUCUGUUGAAGGAUGAGCCCAUGCAUCAGGUGGCCAGUCAGUUUGUGGUGGAAGUACUCCAACGCUCGGAGACCAAACAGGCUAUGAGCACACUAGUGAUGGAUGUACUUCAUGACCCCAACACCAAAGCUCAGUUAACAGCCACUGUUCAGCAGGUAAUUGUAACAGCACUGAAUGAUAAGGAUACCCAGGACUACAUCAGAUCAAUGCUCAGUGUGAUAUUGUCAGACAAGGAGACCAGAGGUGCCAUCACAAACCUGCUGGGGCACGUGUUCAGGGACACAGCAGUCAAAGAGCAGACAGCAGUCUUCUUCAGGGAUGUGCUGAGGUCGGAGUCAGUCGUGGAUCAGGCAACACAACUAGGUAAACAGGUCACCCAGAGCGUCAUCAGUGAUCCAGUACUGCAGGAAAAGACAGGAGACUCGCUGUGGUCAGCCAUGGUGUUUUCUGUGACUCCAAGGUGGUUCGGCGGAUCUUCUUCAUCCUCAUCCACCUCGGACAGUGGCGAUGCAAAACAGGCUGAGGACCUGAAGACAGGUACGGCAGAGCCAGAUACUGACAAGGAGUCAGUUCUAGGCGGCUAAUUUACAGGAAGGGGGUUCUUUUUACCAAUGAGCUCCUCAUUUUCAUGGCUGCAUUGAACGGUAUGAAAGCGUAAAAGGACCGUAAGCGAUAAAACACUUCAUAACAUCUGUAUCUCUCUUACUAUCUCGCAGUGGCGAGUUAAUAUCUUGAUGCGGCAAGACGGGAACUUUGUGUUUCGAGAUAGUAAUGGCCUCGGCUAAACAUCCACUCGUCAUUGUGAGCUACUAUGUUGGAAACAGAGAAUUUCCUGUUUUCAAAUAGAAAUUGGUGGAAUUGUAAGAAAUUAUUUAGAAUUUUGUUUUUAUUUAUACAGAGAUUUAUUGCUUUUUCAGAUACAUGUAGAUCAGAUUAAGAAAAAUGCAAUACAUGUAUUGUUUUGGAAAUGAUGCACGUAAAUACACUGAAAUUUGUUUUAUUUGUUUUAUGUUUGGUAUUUGUCAGUACUAAAUACUGAGUAAACAACUCAAGUUAUUUGUUACCUAGUAGCCAGUUAAAUUAUCGUGUGAAACAGGUGCUUUUAAACUGUCUACAUAUAUAGGGCGUGGCCUAACAAAGGGAGGGGGGGGGGGAAUUUGGCUACCCCACUUCAAGGUAAUAAGCCGCCUCCCCCUCUUGUUCUCCCAUGCCAAAAUUUGGGUACGGCAAAAAUGAGUCUUUUAUUGUUGCCCCCCCCCCCUGAAAAAUACCAGGUUGUAACUUUUAGAACUUCUCUGUAGUUCGUAAAAUAGCAUUGACCUUGUAAGAGCAAUUAAUAAUUGCCCUUCUCCCCUAAAACGACAACAAAUUUAUCUGUGCCCUAAUGGGGAAGAUGUAAAAUUAAACAUGCUGGCAUGUAGAAGACACAAUUCACUCACAUUGUUACAUCAGCGUUGCAUAUUGUUGAUAUUUUACAUUUAUGGAUCUGCCUCUAGCUGUGUGGAUAAUUGCCCGGCCUACAAAACAUGUGUUUUUGCGACUGAACACAAAUUUAAACACUUUUUUGCUGUCUUGUUGUAAACAUGUUUACAUGCUUAACAUUUUUAGCAUGAGGCGAUAGUAAGAAAGUGUUUAGAAUUGUGUUUACUCGCUAAACACAUAUUUUUUGUCGGCCAUCAAGUAUCCACACGCGUCAAUCAGGCUACCUUUUGUCCCAAUGCCUAAAAUUGAAAACUUGGUCCCAUGGUCAAUUUGACCGCUCUUGCAAAAAUUACUCAGAACUCUGUCAAAAAUUAUCAGAUUUGGACGUUUGAUGUCUCAUUUUAAAGUGAAAAGGUGUAUCUUUCAAACCAUACCUAUUUAUAUAUGUUGGUUACACAUUCUACGUCUGGCAUUCCGUUAUAUUUUGUUUCCAUUUUUUUGAUACACACUGUAUAUCCCACUUGUCUAAAUGGAACGUCCUGGCCGAAACUCAACAGGCAUUUCGGAGAGCAAGAUCGUGUGAGACUCAACCUACCCUGACCUCCAAUGACCUGACGGAGAAUUUAGACGAUGGGCACAUCACUGACAUGACAAUUCUGGAUUUUUAGAAGACAUUUUGACGUAUACUAAACCAACAGCUUCUAAUUAAACUUGAUCACUAUGGUAUUCGCUCCCAAAAAAAAAAAAUUGGAUCGAGUCCUCCCCGACCAUGAGAUUCCGGAGAGUUUUUGUAAAUGGUUGUGUUGAAGUAGUCAUUGUUCGAUGGGGAAAAAUCAACCCAAAGUCAUGGGUCAACCCCACAAAAAUUGAAUAGAAAAGGGAAUGGUUCAAUAAAGCUUAAAAUUCACGUGUUUUUAUACAUGACUCAAUACCUUGGAGAGCAUUGUUUCACGAUUUUUUGAACCGGGGUAUUUAUCAUUGGUGUCUGUGGGAAGAUAGUUUCUGCACACACAUGCACUUCUAGACAUUCUGUACUGCCACCUCGGUGUACACACCUGGCUCGAUCUUCUUCAACAAGGGUAUAGACAGCAUCGCCAGGAAUCCAACGAAAGACGAUCCAGCCAAGACGUAGAACACAACAGAAAAACUUCCACUGGCGUCGUACAGGGAUCCUGAAAAUGAAACAAAAUUCACGCAGUGGGUUUAAAAAAGACGCAGGGAACUAUGGAUAUACCGUAGGAAUGUAUGUCCUGGACUCCUGGUAUAGACCUUUAUCAUGCUGCCACCAUUUCAGUCACGUUCCCUGUAUCCAAUAAGAGUAUUGAAUUGUAAUGUUUGUGUGCUAAAAAGGAACCUGACUUUUUUUCCUUCCAGUCUCGCUUUGGUUACGUUGAUUUGAAUGAGAAAAAAAUCAAGAUAGCCGCAACAUGAUAAUAGUUUAUUCAAGUUUUUUACAACUUUGUUUGAGAUGAUUAUUAUGGGUCAUAUUCAAUUCAAGAAGACAUUUAUUACAUACAUGUACGUACUCCUAUAAAGUCAUAUAAAGUCUGUGUGUAUUUUUCUCUGGUGUAAUGUCCCUCAAAAGUGUCAAAGCAUUUUUAUAUCCCUCAUGUUGCUUUGUCUACCGUCAAUUGACGUGUAACAUUUAAAACCAGUUUUGCAGUGAACAUUAAAACAGUAAAAUAUGUAA